GCAUUGUCUUGGGUUUCCUUUAGCGGUGAAGCAAUUUUGGGACAUAUUUUGCGCCUGGGUUUUGCGCGCGCUUUAUAAUUCGAAAAAUUUCUUAUGAAUGAUAACUGAAAAUUUAAACUUAAGUCUGUUAAAAGCGCCAAUAAUGCUUAAUUUCUGCAAUCCUGUCUUUUAAGAAGCUUAGAUUUUUUGUAACGUGAAUUUGGUUGUAAAUGCACCUCAUAAAUGGUCAUAAAUCGGAUGACAACUUCAGACCGCACGCAUCGCGUCGUGCGUGGAAGACGUUACCUCGCGUGGUGAUCUUCCUGAAAAUCCUGGGAAAUCUCCUGACUUUUUUCAAAGGUAUGCACAUUGUUGUUUUCUAUAAUUAUGUAAUGCCUUGCUAAUCCCCAUGCAAACAUUGUAGCAUUUCAACCGGCGAAAAAUUACACGGUCUUAGCAGGAAGAGCGUUUUAAAUUUCAUUUACGGUUUUUUACCCCUUGUAAAAACUUGAGCUUGGAUUUGGUUUUGUCACCCAGGAAACUUUCAAAAUUUGGUCGGUAUUGGUUUUGUUAACAGUAAGAAUCCUGUAUGGGAAACAAAAAAAGAAAAAAGGUGAAAGAUGGGGUUGCGGGUUCACGUGACGGUAUGAAGGGUUUUUGUGCAUGUAAAUUAUGUGCAGCUUAUGGCCGAGCUAAUCUGCGAUCAGGCUUUCUUUUUUCGUCACUACCUCACUACAUCAGCUAGCGUCAUGCACUUGCUGUCAUCGUGUUCUUAGUCUCGUAAAAGAAUUAAAAUGAAAGUGCUGUCGAAAACGAAGACCUAAACAAGGAAGCGAAAUACAGAGACCCAAUAACUUGAAAACAAGGUGUUUUUUGUUUUCGUGUUCUGGGUGCUUCGUUUUCAUUUUCAGGUGCUUGGCACUUCACAUCUUCUUUUUAGUGCGAGGGCUGUCCACAAGGGCGGUAACCCAUAACAACUGCUGUGGCUGAGCAUGUUUGGACCCUUGAUGCUUCGGGUGAACUUGGCAGUUGUUGAUACAAUUCACGUAUAAAGUAGCAAGUUUGCUUUGGGUGUUGAGAUCGAGGAUACAACUUAAAGACAGCCCAGAGAGUGAUUCGUUUACGACACUACCGGCCGUAAACUCUUUCCAAUCGGAAGUCUUUAAGAUAUAUUUAAACCUGAUCUUCAAAAUGAUAGAGAUCUAAUAGUUUAGCAAAGUGACAAAAACACCAAAGGGAUACUGAAAUAAAGCUAAAAAGACGAUCGCGCGGUUAAAAUUGUUGAAAACUGAGAUGGACUGCGAAUCGUGUUCUUGAUGAAAUUAACUUUAAACCGAGUUUUGAAAAUGCGCUUUCCUUGACGUAACCCCACAGAUCGAGUGUAAGCUAAGUGAAAUAAAACUUUUAACUUAUUCUUGUUUGGUUUCACCUUUUUUUUUGUUGUAACCUCUUCGUUGUUGACUAUAACGUCGCACAGUAUAGUCAAGUGUCGCCUUGCAGACACCCGCUAUUACGAACAGAAGCUACAUCCCCGGCCAAAACUACAAAGAAAGGUUUGGAAACAAUUACAAAAAGAAACUGGAAAUCGUGAAAGAGUAUAGCAGAACAGUACGUGACACCAUUGUUAGUAGAGGGGACAUCGAAAUAUUGCCAUCACACUGCGCUAUUGCGGACUCUCGCUAUAUAGGCGGACACCGAAUGACGGUCCCGAGGGUGACCGGUAUAAAGGGUGCAAGGAUUGAAAAUCUCAGUAUUGAAUUGCGUCAGCGGGCAAGUGAACUGAAAACUUAGCCAUGUAUCAAAUUGAAGUUGAAUAAGGGAAAUUGGUCACCCCAGCAAGUUUGUCAAAUCGACAGGUAGCUAAGUUACUUAGACGGAACUUUAUAGUAGCUUGGUAGGGAAACUUUUUAUAUUAAAUUUUGCAAGUUUUUCGAGCAAACUUACAUCAGUUGCAAAGGUGCGCUGAAAAGAACGAAAAAUUUUGGCUUAAAUGCCAAACACCAGUCAAUUCUUCCCCAUGAAUACAAUUGUAAUUAAAUUCUCACUUCGUCUCAAUACUCUGCAACACUGACCACCAGUUGACCACCACCAGCAGAAGUAGCAGCAGCAUCAACAACAUGUAUUAGCAACAAUGGUAGACUAUUCCUGUUCACGAGGAAUUACUGACUUAGAGCAACGAAAGUUAUAUAAGGAGUUGUAGUCGUCCGCUCUAGUGUUUUUCAUGUAGAGGUAGAGCUGCUAUAAACAAUUUAAAAAACUCGUGAUAAAAAAAAUUUUUGGCAAGGUUUUCUUGGCUCAUUUCGGAAAGAAUUUCUAUUCGUGUUAAUCGUCCGAAGUUCGGACAAGCGGCAAUUUUCAGGUGGCGAGUAUAGGUAGAAUAUGGCCACAGGUACCGUUUUUUUGAACGCGAAACGGACCUUACAAGUUAGCGUCUUUUAGCUCAAAAUUCUAAUUUGUAUUUUUUUUUUGCAAGAACGACAUGACAUUACAAGACCGACAUAACAUGUACAGCAUUUUUUGUUUGAAUUGUCUCAAGACUAAAAAGGGUUAUUUGCGGAAGUGCCUCGGAUCAGUGAUUUUAUAAAUUCGUGGAAAAGUGCUGAUUACUAAACUCCAAAUUUCCGCUUUUUCUUCAUAUCUUUAAAGAAGCUCUGUUACAUUUUCCGGUUGGCAGUUUGAUUGCACUUCGAUCUGCUCUAUGGACUCCAUGCUUCCGCGAGUCCACCUGUUUUAUCAUUGGUCAAUGGAGGUAAACAUCGAACAUGUAAAUUAGCAUGCCUAAAUAAUCACUCAGUACUCGAGGGCCGGUUGCAGUAAGAAAACUUGAAGAGGUUCGUCUUUUUUGACCCUCCUCUUCUUGAGAAGUAUUUAAAUACCUCCAUUGCGCCGAGUUCAAGUGAGGCCCUCCAACAGCAGCUAUGGCGAAGCCAGUGCGGAUGGCCGAAGUGAUCAGGACAUCUCUCCUGCUAUGCGUGAUCUUGUUGCCGUCGGUUUUAAUAGCUAGACGAUGCGACAGACAAGUCGAUAGCCUUGUAUGGAGUAACUGCCUUGAAUGUUCAGUGAAUGCUUUUCUUCCAAACCCUUGCCCAUCGGGUUAUACUCAGAUUACAAGUGGCGAAGGAGUACAGCGUUGUUCGUAUCUAGUACACUUUGGCUUCAACUUCGGUCUUAUGAGCGUGCCUGGAUGUCAGCAUAAUUGUAGGCGAAAAGUCACACAGAAGCAGUGUUGCGAAGGGUUUUGGGGAACGGAUUGUCAAGCUUGUCCUGGUGUACCUGCCUGCAAUGGGCGUGGUUCCUGUAGUGACAGUAUCAGUGGAAAUGGAUUGUGCACUUGUGAGAAUGGCUUUCAAGGAUUUGCUUGUGAACUAUGCAAAGACUCAAACAUGUUUGGCAGUUACUGCAAUGAAACUUGUCUCUGUAAACAUGGGGAGUGUGACAGUGGGUUGAAUGGCACAGGACACUGCAAACCAAAUACUUGCCUCUUGGGGUAUACUGGGCCAGACUGUAACAUAAGGUUGCCUAGCUGUGAUAAGAAUCUUACAUGUGGAGUAAAUGCUGAUUGCUUUAAAGUCAACAACACUGAUACUUGUAUUUGUGACCCAGGAUUCAGGAAUACCAGCAAUACAUGCACUGCAAUCAAUCCCUGUAAUGAUGGUACCCAUGGCUGUCACGGUAAUGCAGACUGCUUCUACCUGGGACCUGGGAAGAAUAAUUGCACAUGUGCAGCAGGUUAUAGAGGAGAUGGAGUUGUGUGCUCGGCAAUUGACCCUUGUCAGAGGGAUAAUGGUGGCUGUCCAUCUAACUCAACUGUUUGUAAUUAUCUACAACCUGGAAAGGUAUAGACACCAUCUUUCUUAUUUUUAUUGCUUCUGUACACUCUUUGAUCAAAAAAACUGUUUUUAAAAGUUACAUGUACAAACAUACAACUUAUGAUAGGUUAAUACACCCUUUCCAUAAAUUUUUUAUGGCUGCCAAUUGAAAAUUCUAUUAACCUCACUAACCUUGUUUUAGAGUAAAAAUUCUUUUGAACUAUCGACUCAAAAACAAGGUUAGUCAGGCUUAAAGGGCAUGUAAACCCAAAAAAUGCUAUUUUGGGGACCACAUAGUCGUUUAGUACAUACAUGACAUCUGCCAAAUCUGUAGAUCUUUUGUUCACUUUAGCCCGUUUUUACGUUGAAAAAUCGCUUCAAAGCUCUAAACAUCCGCCAUCUUGAAUUGCGCAAUCUAGCAAAUGACGUCACGGGUGGACCUUAAGUUACGGGAAGUCAAAGGUCUUUCUUGAACACGUUGUGAAAUAAGCACAUGUUUGUUUAGUUUUGCAGUAAUUCGAACAAAACAGGCCAUACUAUGCAUAAGUUUCCAAAAGACGCUAAUUUGAGGCGGCAGUGGGUA